GCACGUGACUUGCCCAGGAGAGGGACCUGACAGAGCCCGGCCGGGCUUCCUCACCUCUGGCGGGUCUCUGGUCUCCACCCAGAUGGAUGGUGUAUGCUCUGAGAAAGUGGGCUGUUCCCUGCUGUUGGUGGGCGUGGGGCUGGGAGGGUUCGCGCUCCUGGCUGUGCUGGUUCUGUCCGUCUGUCUGUGCCGGCUCCAUCGGAGAGUGAGGAAGCUGGAGAGGAACUGGGCCCAGCACCCAGAGCAGGAGCUCCAUUAUGCCUCUCUCCAAGGACUGUCCACUGCUGAGAGGGAACCCUCCAAGGAGGACCCGAGCACCGACUACGCCAGCGUCAUCAAACACGGAUCCUCCUGACACCCUCACGCGCCUCCCUCUGCCCAGGCUGCGGGUCGGGGCUGCAGACUGGUUCCCUC